CACUCGACCACGCAACAUCAUGGAUAUUUUACAAUGGUUCUGCCUAUAUCUGGGUAUGGUUUUCAGUCUGGAACCUUGUCAUGGACACCCACAACCAUGCCGUAUUCUUGCCCGUAUAGGUCACACUGUCCGUCUUGGUGCCCUCUUGCCAAUUACUGGGCACUCACAAACCAGGAUCCAGAAUGUGCUGGCUCGGAUCAGCCGCAGCAGCUUGCUCCCCUACAAUCUUAGCCUGGAGGUAGUCUCUGGAGCUCCUCGAGAUAGAGAUCCGGCUUCACUGGCACGAUGGCUUUGCCAAGCACUAGUGGCACAGGGAGUGGCAGCUGUUCUAGCAUUCCCCCAGUCACAGGAGGAGCUACUCCAGUUGGAGUUUCUGUCAAGUUUUCUGGAGGUCCCUUUCCUCAGUAUCUUGGAAAAGGAGCAGAUCAUGCCACUGACUACUAAGAAUCCCUUCCACCUUCGAAUGGACACAAGAAGCUCAAUACAUGCUCUGAUGGAGGUUCUAAGCAGUGUUCUACAGAACAACAGUUGGGAAGAGCUGACUCUCAUCACAUGCCACCCAUGGAACAGUGACAGUAUAUUAAGCUAUCUAUCCACUAACACAAGCCUAACAACCCAAUCUGUGCUCAAUAUUCACUCUCUAGAUGAUGCUGCAGUAGCAAUCUACCUGAAACAGCAUUUUGAGGCCAUAAGGGAUUCUCAUGCCCCCUUACUCUUGCAUGGUUGUGAUUCCCACCACUCCUCCUUGGUAUUUCGCGCAGCUAAAAAUUUUGGGUUGGAAGCACAUGAGUUCCACUGGAUGAUUGGACAUCCUCUCAAUGUGGAAGAGAUGCAGACAGAUGGGAUGCCACCAGGACUACUCGCUUACGGUGAAGUUAGUAGGCCAAGCUUGGAAAAAUUUAUACGAGACGCAGUAGGGCUGGUUACCAGAGCAAUUUCCAGCGCUGUGCGGGUGAGACCAGAUCUUGCAUUAAUACAGAGCAUGAUGAACUGCAAUGACAAGCAGAUGACAGAGAUUGAAUCAUCUGGCAAGUACCUAUCGAGGUUCUUAGCCAACACAUCAUUUUCUGGACAAACAGGUCAGGUUUAUGUCAUGGACACAAGUUUGAUCCACACUGAUCACCACUACAAGAUUUGGAGCCUAGUGCGGGAUUCACUCGGGGAUCCAACAUGGGUUACUGUGGGUGGAUGGAGAGAGGGGAAGAUGGAAGUGGAGGAGGGUUUAUGGCAAAAUCGUAUACAGCAGCAGCGGGAGCCACUGUCUUUGGUGUCUGUACGUACCAAACUAAGAGUUGUGACUCUAGUGGAACACCCCUUUGUUUUCACACGGGAUGUAGACGCAGAUGGCAGUUGCCCAGCUGGUCAGAUGUGCCUUGACCCACGGACUAACAACUCUGCCUUGCUUGACAUCCUUUUUGAUGAGCUCAGUUUACCAAAUGGCUCAGUACCAAUGGAAUAUAAAACUUGCUGCUAUGGUUACUGCAUUGAUUUACUGGAAAAGUUGUCUGAGGACUUGCGGUUUGACUUUGAGUUAUAUAUUGUUGGCGAUGGAAAGUAUGGAGCAAGAAAAGGUGAUCGCUGGACAGGACUUGUUGGAGAUUUAUUGAGUGGAGCAGCCCAUAUGGCUGUCACCUCAUUCAGCAUUAACUCAGCAAGAAGCACAGUUAUAGACUUUACCAGCCCUUUUUACUCAACAAGCCUGGGCAUCCUAGUACGUAUGAGAGACACUGCGUCCCCUAUUGGAGCCUUCAUGUGGCCACUGCAUUGGAGCAUGUGGGUGGGAAUAUUUGUAGCCUUACAUCUUACUGCACUGUUUCUUACAUUCUAUGAAUGGAAGAGUCCCUUCGGUAUGACCCCACAUGGUCGCAACCGUAUGAAAGUAUUUUCCUACUCUUCUGCUCUCAACCUGUGUUAUGCCAUCCUUUUUGGAAGGACAGUAUCCAGUAAGACCCCCAAAUGUUGUACAGGCCGAGUUCUAAUGAAUCUCUGGGCCAUUUUCUGUCUUCUAGUGCUUUCCAGUUACACAGCAAAUCUGGCUGCAGUCAUGGUGGGAGAGAAGACAUUUGAAGCUCUGUCAGGAAUCCAUGACCCCAAGCUCCAUCACCCUUCUCAAGGCUUUCGCUUUGGUACAGUGUGGGAAAGUAGUGCAGAGCAAUAUAUAAAGAAAAGUUUUCCUGAAAUGCACAACUACAUGCGCAGGUUCAGUGUCCCAGCAACACCAGAUGGUGUCCACUUGCUAAAGACAGAUCCCCCAAUCCUUAAUGCUUUUAUCAUGGACAAAGCCCUGUUGGACUAUGAGGUAUCCAUUGACUCUGACUGCAAACUGCUCACUGUGGGGAAGCCAUUUGCUAUAGAAGGGUAUGGAAUUGGACUUCCCCAGAAUUCGCCUUUGACAUCUAACUUAUCAGAAUUUAUCAGCCGUUACAAAUCAUCUGGAUUUAUGGACACACUACAUGACAAGUGGUACAAGAUGGUGCCCUGCGGAAAAAGAGUGUUUGCUGUGACAGAGACACUCCAGAUGGGAAUCUACCAUUUCUCAGGGUUGUUUGUCCUCCUCUGCAUUGGAGUUGGUGGGUCCAUCCUCACUUCACUGGUGGAGAGGGUGGUUUAUCAUCUUAUAAUACCACGAAUCAGAAGGAGGCGCAGAUUCAAGUACUGGCUUCAUACCAGCCAGAAGAUCCAUCGUGCUUUAAACAUGAACUGUGAGGAAGAUAAUGUGCAACUCCCUAAACCAGAAAAACGAUGUAACCUGCAAAAAGAUGAACCAGUUGAACCUCAGUCGAUUUGGAACAAUUUACGCAGGACCCCUGUACGCCAGGAGAAGAGAGUGCAUUUUAACUUGGAGAAUACAAACAUCAAGGAUGGUCCCUGUGAGAAUGGUCAGGCUCGGGAGCACAAAGAGAAGGAACUUAAAGAGCUGGAAGUAAAGAUCGAUGGUAUGAAAGAUCAGUUGAGAGCUGCCCUAGUAAGGAAAAGUCAACUCAUGGUAAUCCUACAGUCUCCCUGCACAACCCCCACCAAGACAGAAAACCAGGGGAACAGAUGAUAAACUUAUCGUGCUUAUAAAGACUGGACUUCAUGUCGUCUAAGCUUCCAAUUUAACCGUUUAAUUCAUUUGGUGAAUGUUUGCAGGCAAUUCAUCACUGAUGGAUUAAUAUUAAUAUGGACACAGAGCAGGCGUGCAUUAAGUCAAAAUGCCUUUGGACUCAAGUAUUCUUCAACUGUUAUAGAUCAUAUAUGAGACUGGAAAAGUCACCCAACUGAUGAUCCCAGGAGUAAUUACCAGAACAUCUACAAUGAACUGUGUGCCAAGCCCACCGUAGGUGCAUAUAUAUAAGCUUUAAGCGUAAUCAUGCAAUAUAAGAAAUUCAGCAUAUACAUAAACACAAAUUGGUUCUGGCAG